AACGCCUCGGCAGCGGUUUCGUUCCCGAGCGGGCGAUUCGAUCGGGAGCCACCCGCCCCGCCGCGCGCGCGGCAAGAUCGAUCCAUCCUCCUCAGUGAGCGCGGCGUAGUGUGCUGGGUUGUAGUGCUGCUGGCGACCCGUGGAUUGGUCGGAUCGGAUUGGUGACGCCAUUGGUGGGCGGCUGGGCGCUUUGCAGGCCCCGAUCGGAAUCGGAGCCCGUGGCGUGGUAGGAUCGGAUCGGAGGCAGACGCCGGAGGGUCUGCCGCUUCUGAUCUCGAUCGCGCUCGGCUAUAUCAUCAACCCAGUUCGAGUUGUUCCAAUCCCGUCUAAAUUUUCUUCAGCCCGUGAGCUUCAGCUUAUCAGCCGGCUUAUCAGUCCCUUAACAGUAUUUUUCUCUCACAACAAAUCAGCCGUGUCAGCUUUUGAGCCGGCUUAUAAGUUCAGCCGAAUAGACCACUUAUUUCGGGGAUUUGCAGAUGCGUUGUGACAUUGUCGCAGCGUCAGUAGCAGCAGAAGGAUUCACGGUGCCUUCGUCCAAUCCCACUGGUUUCGGAAUAAUUAAAUUGAACUCCAUCGAGGGCGAGAUGGGAUUAUAGGUGCGGGCUUAGGCGUGUAGUGGUGCCCCCUAGGGUUUCCUUGCUGAAAAGAGGAAACCCUAGGGAUCUUUUUUUUUCGCUCCAUGGUUUACUACACGCAUAGUGUAGACAGCUCGGCUCUCGGUUCUACUGGUGUUUCACUGUUAGGGGUUUACACCUCCCCGGCACGACGCCCGUUGGGAAUCAGCCAAGAAGAUGUCGGCAGCGGGCGUUACAACGCUCAGCCCUUUGGAGGACCAGCUUACUCUUGUGCCACAAUGUCUGUUUGCGGCGCAGCCACUGGAUUCGAUUCUCAUUUUCCUUGCUGUGCCCGGCAUGCCACUGGUGCCGAUGCGUGUGCUGGAUUCGGAGUCUGUCGCCUCUGUCAAGCUCCGGAUCCAGCGGUUCAGGGGGUUUGUUGCGACAAAGCAAAGGCUUGUGUUUGGCGGGCAUGACCUUACACGCAACAACUCCCGUGUCAGGGACUAUGGGCUUGCUGAUGGCAAUGUUCUUCACCUAGUUGUCCGGUUGGAUGAAUUCCGUGCAAUAACCAUCGAGACUGCCAACGGGAAGAAGUUUAAGUUCCAGGUGGAGAGUGGCCACAAAGUUGGGUACCUCAAGAACAAGAUUGCUGCUGAGACCGGGGAGGAAAUCGAGAGCCUAAAGGAUCAAAAGCUUGUACUUGGUGAUGAGGAGCUCGAGGAUCACCAGUUGAUCACUGAUAUUGCCAAGAAGGAUGAUGCAGUGCUUCACAUGUUUGUCCGUGAGCCAGCAAAGGUGCGAACACAGAAGAUUGAUAAGGAAACUGUGCUUACAGUUGUUACCCCAGGAGACGAAGGGAACAUACACAUAGAUGCCUUGAACAAUACAGAACAUGGACAUGCUCCAGUUGAGCCAAUUAUCGUUAAUAGAAGUGUAAAGCUUUCUCCUGCCAUUAUGCAAAUGAUUAGCGCAACGAUUGCUGGUCUGGAAAAUGGAUACUUUCCUGUCAUGUCAGCAGAAGGUUCAGGGGGAGUCUACUUUAUGAAGGACCAGUCAGGUGAAAGUAAUAUUGCAGUGUUCAAGCCUAUAGAUGAAGAACCUAUGGCGGAGAACAACCCCAGGGGCCUUCCUUUGUCAGUGGAUGGUGAGGGGUUGAAAAGAGGCACACGAGUUGGGGAAGGCGCACUAAGGGAGGUAGCAGCAUAUGUUCUGGACCACCCAAAUGAUGAGUGCAGAUCCGAGGAUGGUACUGGAUUUUCUGGCGUACCUCCCACUGCAUUGGUUCGUUCUUUCCAUAUGAGGAAGGAGCUUAAAAUUGGAUCAUUGCAGAUCUUUGUGGAGAAUCAGGGAAGUUGUGAGGAUAUGGGCCCUCAAGCUUUUCCUGUCAAGGAGGUCCAGAAAAUUGCUGUGUUAGAUAUUAGGUUAGCGAAUGCUGAUCGUCAUGCAGGGAACAUACUAGUGUGCCAAGAUGGAGAUCACGUGCAGUUGGUUCCAAUUGACCAUGGAUACUGCUUCCCAGAGAAGUUUGAAGAUUGCACGUUUGAGUGGCUCUACUGGCCCCAAGCACGCCAGCCCUUCGGUGCCGAAACCCUAGCAUACAUCAAAUUGCUUGAUGCCGGCAAAGACAUUGCGCUGCUCAAAUUCCAUGGGUGGGAGCUGUCUUCUCAGUGUGCUCGUGUUCUUCAUGUGAGCACCAUGCUCCUGAAGAAGGGUGCAGAGAGGGGCCUCACGCCUUACGACAUUGGCAGCAUCAUGUGCAGGGAAAUGGUGAAUAAAGAAUCUGAAAUUGAGGCCCUGAUUGAGGAAGCAGAGGACUCUAUCCUUCCAGAGACCAGCGACAAAACCUUCUUGGAGACAGUAUCGGAGAUCAUGGACCGUCAUCUUGAUAACCUGCUGUAAAAUUACAAUGUGUAGCCGUUGAUUGCAUCCAGUUGUAAGUAUUCAAGUUUAGCAGUCGAUCUCCAAUAAUGAGCUAGGACCUUUCUAGCCUUUCACAUUUUCCAUCGAUAGUUUGUGAAUAUACUCUACAACUAAGAUCAGCCAAAGUCUCAGCUAUAAUUUGUGUACGAUCUGUACCUGUAGUCGUUCCAGUUUGUGUUUGGUUUUUCUGUUUGCAGUUGAUUGUGGGUUUAUUCAGCAUUUAAUGACUUAAUUAUAGUCACCUCCAUUAUAUCUUA